AUGCGGUUGGACAUUGUUGUAGACCAGGAGGAACCCAGCAGCCAUUGCACCAGCAUCAUUCAUGGUGCUGGGCAAGAAGCACAGAUCCCACUAGAGGAUGUCAGGCCAGAGAAGAGUCAUGUUAGUGUGGAGGAGCAGCUGUCCUACUGUGCUUUGUGUCAGGACAUCCUGAAGGAUCCAGUCUCUACCAAUUGUAGACACUGGUUCUGCAGACAAGGGAGAGACUCCUUGUGUCCACAGUUUGGAUGCAGGUCCAGACUGCAGACCGCCAGUCAGAGAGGUUGUGCUCAAAAUGUUGGUCUGCAGGAGGUAUUAGAUGAACAUAAAAUCAGUCUAAGGAGGAGAUGUGAACAUGUGACUGAAGGAAGUGAUGAAACAGGAAGUGGGACUCUGCUCAACAGGAUCUACACUGAACUUUACAUCACAGAGGGACAGAGUGAAGAAGUUCAUACCCAACAUGAGGUGAGGCAGCUGGAGACAGCUUCCAAGACCAUCAAUGACACUCCAAUCAGGUGCCAGGACAUCUUUAAAGCUUUGGCUGACCAACAGAGACCCAUUAGAGUUGUUCUAACAAAUGGCAUUGCCGGCAUUGGAAAAACCUUCUCUGGGCUACACUUCUCAGUACAGAAGUUCACUCUGGACUGGGGAGAAGGUUUGGAGAACCAAGACAUCAGUGUGGUGAUUCUGCUUUCAUUCAGGGAGCUGAACGUGAUCACAGAUGAGCAGUACAGUCUUCUAGAGCUGCUCCAUGUUUUCCAUCCAGCAUUACAGAAGGUUACAGCAGAGAAGCUCGCUGUCUGUAAACUUUUGUUCAUAUUUGACGGCCUGGAUGAAACCAGACUUUCAUUGGAUUUCACCAACAGGAAGCUUGUGUCUAAUGUCACACAGAAGUCAUCAGUCAGCGAGCUGCUGACAAACCUCAUCGAGGGGAAUCUGCUUCCCUUGGCUCUCGUCUGGAUAACUUCCCGACCUGCAGCAUCCAGUCAGAUCCCUACUAUAUGUGUUGACAGGGUAACAGAAGUACGAGGUUUCACUGACGCCCAGAAGGAGGAGUACUUCACGAGCAGAUUCAGUGAUGAAGAGCUGUCCAGCAGAAUCAUCUCCCACAUGAAGACAUCCAGGAGCCUCCACAUCAUGUGUAGAAUCCCUGUGUUCUGCUGGAUCACUGCUACGGUUCUGGAGCACAUGUUGACUACAGAGGAGAGAGGAGAGCUGCCCAAGACCCUGACUGACAUGUACUCACACUUCCUGCUCGUUCAGACAAAGAGAAAGAAGCACAAAUACCACGAGGGACAUGAGACGAGUCCACAGGAGCUGAUGCAGGCUGACAGGGAUGUUCUCCUGAAGCUGGGGCGGCUGGCCUUUGAACAUCUGGAGAAAGGAAACAUCCUAUUUUACCAAGAAGACCUGGAGCAGUGUGGUCUGAAUGUCACAGAGGCCUCAGUGUACUCAGGCAUUUGUACAGAGAUCUUAAAAAGAGAGUGUGCGAUCUUCAAGAAACCAGUCUACUGCUUUGUUCAUCUGAGCAUUCAGGAGUUUCUGGCUGCUGUCUACAUGUUCCACUGUUACAGCAACAGGAAGGAAGAGGUGCUGGAGAAGUUUCUGAGGAAUGAUUUUCCAGAUUUAUUUACUGAUGAUUUUGAUGAUGGUAUGCCCAUCUAUUUUCAAGAGGACUUUCUUUCCACUGUCAUGCAGAAAUCUCUCCAAAGUAAGAAUGGCCAACUGGAUCUAUUUGUCCGCUUUCUUCAUGGCCUGUCACUAGACUACAACCAGAGACUCUUAGGAGGUCUGCUCAAUAAGAUGGAGUACAGUCCAGAAAUUAUCCAGAGAGUCAUCAAUAAUCUGAAGAAGAUGAAGAGUGAUAAAAUCUCUCCUGAUAGAAGUAUCAACAUCUUUCAUUGUUUGAUGGAGAUGAAUGACUUCUCAGUACAUCAGGAGAUCCAAGAGUUCCUGAAAUCAGAAAACAGAUCAGAGAAGGAACUAUCUGACAUCCAUUGCUCAGCUCUGGCCUACAUGCUCCAGAUGUCAGAGGAGGUUCUGGAUGACCUGGACCUGAAUAAGUAUAAUACAUCAAAGGAGGGACAACGAAGACUUAUUCCAGCUAUAAGAAACUGCAGAAAGGCACGGCUUUCUAGCUGUGAACUCUCAGAAAGUCACUGUGAAAUUGUCGCAUCAGCUCUGAAGUCCAGUCCCUCCCAUCUAACAGGGCUGGACCUGAGUGGAGCCAAACUCCCUGAUUCAGCUUUGAAGCAGCUGUUUACUGGCCUAGAGAGUGCAAACUGUAGGCUGGAGACUCUAAGUUUAUGGGAUUGCAGUUUGUCAGACGUCAGCUGUGCUGCUUUGGUGUCCGCUCUCAAGUCCAACCACUCCCAUCUGAAAUAUUUGGACUUGAGUCUCAACAAGCUGCAAGAUUCAGGAGUGAAACACUUAUGUGAUUUUCUUCAGAGUCCACACUGCAGAUUGGAGACUCUGAGAUUGUAUCGUUGCGGUUUGUCAGUGAUCAGCUGUGCUGCUCUGGUCUCUGCUCUCAAGUCCAACCCCUCUCAUAUGAAACAUCUUGACCUGAGCUACAACAAGUUGCAGAAUUUAGAUGUGCAGCAGCUGUUGGGGCUUCUGAAGAGUCCACAGUGUAGACUGGAUCUUAGGAUCUGAGAGUGAAGUCAUUUUGGUAAACAAGACAGCGUGUGUGCCAAGAGAGGAUAAGCUGUGUCUUGAUGAUGUUGAAGUAGCAUUGCUCUGACUGGGCCAUGUUACUGGGAGGUUGAGUGGAGAGCAGAGCUUCAUCCAGAAGUGACUGACAGAGGAGUCAUCACCUCACAGAAGCUGUUUCUUUCAGGUGAACAUAGAUAAUCCAUCACUAAAGUGUUUCAGGAGUCUCGUGAUUUA